AUGUCGCCCCUACGUCUUCGGGUCGAUGGCCAGACUUUUCGAGACCCUCAGAACCGUGAAAUCACACUGAGAGGUAUCAACGCUGCGGCCGAUGCGAAGUAUCCCAAAACACCCGACAUUCCUACAUACAUCUCCGAUAAGUUCUUUGAGGGAGACGAUGUCUCAUUUGUCGGACGUCCAUUCCCACUGGAAGAUGCUCAUAUCCAUUUCAAACGGCUACGGAAAUGGGGUUACAACACUAUAAGAUAUAUAUUUACUUGGGAGGCCAUUGAGCAUGCUGGGCCAGGCAUUUACGAUGAAGAGUGGAUUGCUUUCACUAUUGAGGUUUUGCGCAUAGCCAAAGAAUACGAAUUCUUUGUUUUUAUGGAUCCUCAUCAGGAUGUGUGGUCUCGUUUCUCGGGAGGUUCUGGAGCACCGAUGUGGACGCUUUAUGCAGCAGGCCUAAAUCCAAAGGCCUUUAAAGUCACACAAUCGGCGUUGGUCCAGAAUACCUACGAUGUUCCUGCAGAAUUUCCAAAGAUGAUUUGGAGCACAAACUACACCCGGUUGGUUUGCCAGACCAUAUUUACCUUGUUUUGGGCAGGCCGAGAUUUUGCACCGAAGGCCAUAAUUGAUGGAGUCAAUAUCCAAGACUAUCUCCAAAAUCACUUCAUUGGUUCAUGUGCAUACUUGGCCCAAAAGAUACACGAGGCGGGUGAUCUUGAGGGAGAGGUGAUUAUUGGAUGGGAGAGCAUGAAUGAACCUCAUCGCGGUAUCAUCGGUGUCCAGGAUAUUUCGGUUAUCCCAGCUGAACAACAACUCCAGCUAGGAACAUCUCCAACCGCAUUUCAAGCAAUUCUCACCGGCUCUGGUCGUGCAUGUGAGCAGGCAACAUGGGCCUUCGGCAGUUUCGGUCCUCACAAGACGGGCACAGAACUUGUAGACCCGGCAGGCGAGAUGGUCUGGCUGCCAGCUAACCACGAUGAUAGCAAAUAUGGUUGGCAACGAGACCCAGGAUGGAAGCUUGGGGAAUGUAUCUGGGCUCAGCAUGGAGUUUGGGACCCAUCCACUGACACACUCUUGCAAAAGGAUUAUUUUUCCAAAAACCCCCAGACGGGUGAAUUACUUGAUUAUGAGAAGUUUACAAACUCAUACUUCCUGGAUCAUUACCGGAACUACAAGAACGCCAUUCGAGAUAUCUGGCCCGAUACAAUCAUGUUUUGCCAACCGCCUGUUAUGGAAGUGCCGCCUGAUGUGAAGGGUACAGAUGACGAUGAUCCUAACAUGGUCCAUGCUGUCCAUUACUAUGAUGGACUGACUCUUCUGACUAAACACUGGAACCGGCUUUACAAUGUGGAUGUCAUUGGAGUACUUCGGGGCAAAUAUUAUACCCCCGCCUUUGCAGUCAAGAUCGGCGAGACUGCCAUUCGGAAUUGCCUCCGUGAUCAGCUGAAAUUCCUUCGAGAUGAAAGUCUGAAUUACAUGGGUAGUCAUCCCCUAGUAUUCACCGAAAUCGGUAUUCCUUACGACAUGGACGACAAGUAUGCAUACAAGACUGGCGAUUACAGCAGCCAGACUAGCGCCAUGGAUGCGAAUCACUUUGCGCUUGAGGGCAGCGCCUCAAACGGCUUCACUUUGUGGGUAUAUGUGACACAGAAUGACCAUGAGUGGGGUGACCAGUGGAACGGAGAAGAUUUGUCCAUCUUUUCUCAUGACGACCUGGAAUUGCCAGCAGGGACCACUUCUCGGUCUCCCGAUCGGCAAUCCCCAGCCUACUCUGAAAGCCACAACAAUGGAGAGAAUCGGGAAGUCGGACCUCGCAAUCUAAAAGGCGCUCUGGCAACACCUUCAAUCACCAGCGAUGUGUCUCAGCCUUCUCUGCGUGAAGCUAAAGGCUAUCGAGCCGCAGAGGCCUACCUCCGUCCUAGUCCAACCUACGUGAGUGGGCGACUGGAUGCUCAUGUCUUUGACUUGAAGAAUUGCACGUUCACCAUGUCCCUCACGGCCAAGGGCCCUACUACUGCCCAUGCUCCCACGGAGAUAUAUCUUCCCGAGUUCCACUUCCCAGAGACCAGUCUUGCGGUUACCGUGAGUGGUGGCAAGUGGGAUAUUGAUGUGCAAGAUAUUCAGUCUGUCAAACUACAACGCCUCCGCUGGUGGCAUGCAGAAGGAGAGCAAGAUAUCAAGAUUGAAGGUAUCAAGCGGAAGCCCGGAGAGUUCGUGAACCCCGGUGAAGAUGUUACCUACUUGGAGCAAUGCCAGAAGGGCGACUGCGUUCUGAUGUAA